AUGGACCUGAAACACGAGGUGGCCUACCGAGGCCUGCCCAGCCAGGUUAAGGCCGAGCCGGGGGUCAGCCACAACGGGCAUCCCCUGAACGGGCACGCGAGGGACUGGAUGGCUGGUGGCGGUGGCUCCCCUUCACCGGGUGCAGCCCAGCCACAACCGAACGGGUACUCCUCGCCGCUGUCGUCGAGCAGCUACGGACCUUACAGCCCGAAUGGAAAGAUAGUGGGGAGUGUGGCCCACAUACCAUUAGCUUGGAACAACAAUAGUCCAUUUCCCAAGAGCCUCGCUGAAGGCCUCAGACCCCCAAGUGGUUACACGUGA